AUGGCAUGGACAAUGGCCUCUCCAAUCAUGCCGUUGCCUCCUUAUGAAACACCCUCACGGUCAACGUCACGAUGCCGACGAGUUCAGAAGACUCCAAAUUCCUCUCGACGGGACAAAGUUCGACAAGGAAAACUGAUACGUUGUUGGACUGGCGAAGAGGAAUCCUAUCUCUUCAGAAGUCGAAACCAGAAGCUUCCCUACAAGCAGAUUGCCACUCGACUGGAUAAAUCGGAACUAGCAUGCCGUCUACAUUACCACCACAUGAUGGUUGGACGCAAGGGUCACCACAUUGAUGAGUGUGAAGACCAAACGUCGGAGGAUGGCCGCUCCUCCUCUCCACCAGCUAUGCCGACCGAAGUCGAAGCACACACGGGACUGAUUUACCAGGCCACUCCGGGUUUGGAGGUUAGGCCGGUCCCAUCAAUGACAAAAUCCUGCACGUUACCGAGCUUUGACGCCUUCUUACGAGACACUUUCUAUCGAAGGAGUGUGUCGAUGCCGGACUCGGUGUCUGCCAUGGACGAUCUGGUGACAGGAGGUGAAACCAAGAAAGAAUCUCACCUCUCCAACAGCACAAGAGGCAUCAGGACACUGUCAGGGACAUGG